AUGGACGAAUCAGGUUUCUCAACAGUCGCUACGAAAAUAGGCAAGGUGAUCGCUCAAAAGGGAAAGCGACAUGUCGGAAAAAUUGAGGCCGCUGAAAGAGGAACGAUGAUCACGUUAGCGUUAACCGUAAAUUCUGCUGGCAACAGCAUUCCACCAUUUUUUCUCUUUCCUAGAAAGAAUAUGCAGAGCACUUUUUUAGACAAUGUCUCACCUGGGACUAUUGGUUUUGCUAAUGAUUCUGGGUGGAUGUGCGCACCAGAUUUUGUACGAUUUAUGCAACAUUUUGUCAAUUGUGUUAAUCCUACGCUAGCUUCUCCUGUCUUGCUGCUUCUUGACAACCAUUUGUCACAUUUGUCCAUAGAAGCCAUCGAUAUUGCUGUUGCCAAUGGAGUGCAUAUUCUGUCCUUCCCACCGCACUGCAGCCACAAAUUGCAGCCACUGGAUGUUUCUGUCUUCGGACCGAUGAAGACUUAUUACAAAUCACAGUGUGCGGCUUGGCAAAAAAAAUAA